AUGAAAACCCUAACCGAAGAGAAAUUCUCGAAUUUCUACCAAAAAUGGAUGGCGGAGCUCGAAGAUCUCCUCCUCUCGUUGGCGAAGGAUCCGCCGCAGGGGCCCGCCUGCGCCGCCGCGAUCGGGAAACUCACUGCCCACCACAAGGAGUACUACAGAUUCAAAUGGGCCUCGGCCCAUGAAGACGUGCUGGCCUUCUUCUGCGGCCCAGUUUGGCUGAGCCCAUUAGAGACGGCCCAUCUCUGGCUCACCGGAUGGAAGCCUUCCGCGGCGUUCCGGCUGAUUCCGGCAGCCGGGUUGACGGCGGAGCAGGCGAGGAGGAUCGAGGUGCUGCGGGGGAGGAUGAGGGUGGAGGAGGGGAGGGUGGAGGGGGAGAUGGAGAGGCUGCAAGUGGCGGUGGCGGAUAGGAAGGCGGUGGAGGAGGUGAGGCGGGGAGGGGCGGAGGAGGCGGCGGUGGGGGGGUUUUUGGAGGGGUUGGAGAGGGUGAUGAAGAUGGCCGAUUGUGUGAGGCUGAAAACGUUGAAAGGGUUGUUGGAGAUUUUGAGCCCCAUGCAGAGUGUGGAGUUUUUGGCUACUAAUGCCUUGUUUCAAAUUAGGGUUAGGAAAUUGGGGAUGAUUGAGGGGAGUGGCUUGGUUUCUUGA